GGGGGCGUCGUGUCCUCCUCUCGGCCACCAGGGGGCGUCGUGUCCUCCUAUCGCUGGGGAAGAGUCCAAGACCCAAGUUCCCGUCAGCACUGAAAGAGCCAAUCUUGCCUCCGUUUGCCAUGGUUCUCGCCUCAAUCCUCCACGAUCCGCGUCUACAGAACCACCCCGCUGAAUCAUCCGUGAACUGUUCGGAUGAAGACAUGAAGUGACAGCAGCGACGCUCCGUUACCACUUUUUCUCAGUUUUCAGAGUACUAGCCUCCCAUCUUUAAUAAUACAGGGCGGUGAUGGCGUUUUUCGUCAAGAAGAAGAAAUUCAAGUUCCAGACGCAGCUCACCCUGGAGGAGCUGACGGCGGUGCCCUUCGUCAACGGGGUUCUGUUCUGCAAACUGCGGCUGCUGGAGGGAGAAUUUGUGGCAACUUCCUCGAGAGUCGAGGUGCAGGAGAACUGUGUUCGAUGGAGAAAGAGGUUCUCCUUCGUAUGUAAGAUGAACGCCAACCCUCACACCGGCGUGCUGGACCCCUCCGUCUGCAGAGUGUCUGUUAGGAAGGAACUCAAGGGAGGGAAGGCGUAUACGAAGCUGGGCUUCACAGACCUCAACAUGGCUGAGUUUGCUGGCUCAGGCUCUGCAGUGCGCUGCUGUCUCCUGGAGGGCUACGAUACCAAGAACACCCGCCAGGACAACUCCAUCCUGAAGGUGAUCAUCGGAAUGACACUGCUGUCAGGAGAUCCGUGUUUUAAAACCCCUCCCAGCACGGCCAAGUCUAUCUCGGUCCCGGGCCGCGAGCCAACCCUGCAGCUGGACUGUAAGGGGGGCGGCACGGGCACCACAGGACCCCUGGCCCGGGGCCCCAAGCCCAGACCCCCCAUCAGCUCGGGCCUCAUGGAGGAGUCUGAGCCGCCCCUCUCUCCCCUGGCCGAGGUCUUCCAGUCAGGACACUCCCGCAACUCCAGCUAUGCCAGCCAACAGAGCCGCAUCUCAGGCUACAGUACUGAACACUCGUGCUCCUCCAGUGUGUCCGACCUGACCCACCGCAGGAACCUGUCCACUGGGAGCAGCACCUCGGGCGGGGCCCUGGGGACCAGUGACCUCCCUACUGCUGACGGGGACCGGCCCCCAAGACCCCCCAGGCCCUGCCUGCCCCCCAGCCGACUCUCCAGGAGAAAGCAGGACUCUGUGGAGAGUCAUCUCUCUUGGGUCAACGACACCCGCAUGGACGCCGACGACAUUGUGGACAAGAUCGUCCAGAGCCACAACUUCGAGGACGUCAACAACACGGAAGACAGCAAUUUGCGUCUGUUUGUCAACAAAGAUGGAACGACGGCACUCAGUGGCGUACACCUCGGAAACCGGGUCUCAGCUGGAGGUUACGAGCCGGUGGUGAUUGAGAGCCACUAGGGCCCCAGGGGGUCCCAGGGGGCCCCAGCGCCACCAGAACUUCAACCACUCCAUACUGACCUGGAGAAAGUGGCCCAUCUAUCUCCUCCUGGUCUCUCUGUCUGUUCCUAGGUGUUCCGGUUUGCACUUUAUCUUUCCCAGAUGUGUCGAUGUCUGAUGUAAACACCCCCCCCCCCCCCCCCCCCCCCCCCCCCCAGUCAUCACAUGCAUCACGUCUUUUAUAGCUUUAAUCGGUUGAAAUGUUGACAUUUCAACCCAAAUGUGUUUUAUUAGGAUUCCACUCGCAAAUUCAAAGCUGACUUUAGAUCUUGGAUUCCAGGAUGAAUGAAUACAACAGGAGCAGAAGUUUGCACAGUCCGCGGUUCUGCUUCACUGAGGUGGCGUACGAACGAGUUUGUGUGUUUUGUUAAGAGUGUGUUGUUUAUUAGUCUACUUCUCAUCUAGGAUCACACAACGUGUUCAUAAGACACUCCCUGUUGAUCAGGGAGGUACGUGGUUAGGGGUAGAGCAUUCUAACCCCGCGGGACGUUUUUCUUGAAGGAUCCGGAAGCAGGUUUUAAGGUGGGAUGAAGACGUGCUUGUGAUGGAGAAGAGAGAAGAUGUCGUUGGGUUAAGUCAGGCUAGUGGUGUUCAGUUGUACAAGUCUCUAACUGAGUCUGUCUCUUAUGAUGGCUGCUGGGUACAGCUGGUAGGAGGGCCUUGGUGGGUUGACCUCUGGUCUGGGUGCUUGGUCUGAGUGGUCUGUUGCUGUAGCGUUGGGUCUCGGAGGAGUCCUAUUCUGGCUGCCGUCGCCCCCUGGUGGAGUGGUGAACCUUCUUCUUCUGCAGAACCUGUCUGCAGAACCAAGCCCCAGGGAGUUUGUGACCUUGCUUCAAGCUAAACCCAGUAGGUCCCGUCCCAGCUGCUGGAAGGCCAGACAUCUUAACUAAACUAGUUCAGUUUUUUAGGCAGCCUUAUAUUUAAUUAUUAUAUAGUUUGCUACAAAGAAACAAUGUUUUCAAAUAAUUGGUCAGUUGCAACAUCCAAACUGUACGCAAUCUGAAACUCUGUUGGUUUAGUGUGAAUAAUGAUGUUUAUUGAUGACUUCUGACAUCUCUUCAAUUCACUACUUUAUGGCAACCUUAUUCACAUUUGUUUUUAUCACAGGGUCGAUUGGUUUGCUAUAUUCACAUUUGGGAGAAACCACUACUAACAUUGUUUGAUAUCAGCCCUUAAUAUCCUUUUAAAGAAGUUUCGGUUUUAAUGCUCUUGUCUGAAGAAGUCUAAGCAAUGCACACACCUUGCACAGAUAUCAACUCGUUUCUAAAAACUCUAACAAAUUGUUUUACUUGUAAGCUUGCACGACUUUUAGAAACGGUAUUUCUAAAAGAUUUGUACCGUGUAAGACCACUACUUCAAACGUGUUUUUGUUUGUUCCAACAAAUGUAUUCUAUAUAUUAAAGAGCCUAUCUUACACGCCUCGU